UUCGUCUCACGGCUUUUUGUUCUUACAAUCAAAUAAAAACGCAGAAUUCUUUACGUGGCAAUUAGACGCAAUUUUCGCGUUAAUUUUUGAUAGAAUCCACUGUAAUUCACUAGAUUUAGUACUGACGUAAGUGUAGGAACAAUGGGUCUCACAAUUUCCAGCUUAUUUACCAAGCUUUUCGGCAAGAAGCAGAUGAGAAUUUUGAUGGUUGGAUUGGAUGCCGCUGGUAAAACCACAAUUCUGUACAAACUCAAGCUGGGCGAAAUCGUCACGACAAUCCCCACAAUUGGAUUUAACGUAGAGACAGUAGAGUACAAGAACAUUUGCUUCACCGUGUGGGACGUCGGCGGUCAAGACAAAAUCCGUCCACUGUGGCGUCACUAUUUCCAGAAUACACAAGGACUGAUUUUCGUCGUGGACUCGAAUGAUCGCGAACGUAUCGUGGAAGCCGAAAAGGAGUUGCAAAAUAUGUUACAAGAAGAUGAAUUACGUGAUGCUGUUUUACUGGUGUUCGCCAACAAACAAGAUCUCCCGAAUGCGAUGACAGCAGCAGAGCUCACCGAUAAACUUCACCUUAACAACUUACGAAACCGUCAUUGGUACAUUCAAGCUACGUGUGCAACACAGGGUCACGGACUUUACGAAGGACUUGACUGGCUUUCCAACGAAUUAGCAAAGAAGUAAUCUGAAUUUUUAAUGGAAGAUAAUUUGUUUUUUUGAAAUGAUAAACGACCGUGCACUAACAAUUAAACGAAAAAAAAACAAAAAAAUUAACAUUUUGAAUGGAUGAUCAUUUUUACAAGAAAAGAGUUUUUUUUUCGUGUAUAAAUGCUAAAAAAAAAAACAAAUAAGGUAAAAUAUAAAUAAAAAAUAAAUUGUAAGACAUUUCA